AUGCGACUUACUUUCUUUCAUAUAACUUUCUUGCUCAGCUAUGCUGUGGCUCUCACCCGCCCUCGAUUUAUACUACCAAACCAUGCUAUCCAGCCUAUAUCCGACGAACCUCAACCGAACGAUGCCGAGCACAUGGCCAAUCGCCGACCUCAUUCUCCAUCGGUAGGAGAUGUAGAGAAGGACUUCCAGCAAUCCUUUACCAGUCCAUUUCAAGUCGUCGGCCAAUCUGGCGUUCCGGCAAUGGCUGCUGCUCUGAUGCCAAACGGCAACGUCGUAUUUGUGGACAAGGUUGAAAACUACACGCAGCUUGUACUAGACAACGGUCAGUAUGCGUAUUCGGCCGAGUACAACCUUACUACGAACACAGCACACGGUUUGGCUCUGAAUACGAAUGCUUUCUGCUCGGGUGGUUCAUUUCUCGCCGACGGCCGACUUGCGUCCAUAGGGGGCAACGGGCCUUUGCCGGAGAUUGACUCAACUGUUGGUGAUGGAUUUCAGGGGAUACGGUAUCUAGGGCGUGGAGUUUAUUAUGAUGAUUUGUACGAUAAUUGGUAUGAACCUGGUCACUUGUUAUCAACUCCUCGUUGGUACGCCAGUGUGCAGAUGUUGCAAGACAACAGACUGUUCGUCGCGUCUGGUAGCCUCAACGGGAUGGAUCCGAUGCAAAACGAAAAUAACAACCCGACGUUUGAGAUUCUCGAUGCAGAUGGUAUACCCGCCAACGAAAGUACGAUUCUACCUAUAUUGUCAAGCAAUCAGCCAUAUUACAUGUAUCCUUUCUUGCAUCUAUUGAAGAACGGACAACUUUUCAUCUUCGUUUCUCGAUCUGCGGAGAUAUACAACCCUGAUAGUCAGGAAACUAGCCUCCGACUGCCAAACCUACCAGGUACAUAUAGAACUUACCCGAACACGGGUGGAAGUGUACUUCUACCACUUUCGAAAGAGAACGAUUGGGAGCCAGAAAUCAUUAUUUGUGGCGGUGGAGCUUAUGCGGAUAUUGCAAGUCCCGCAGACCGAACCUGCGGGCGUAUUAUGCCACUGUCAGAAUCUGCUGAAUGGCACAUGGAAGAGAUGCCGGAGCCAAGGGUGAUGGUUGAAGGUCUCCUUCUUCCCGACGGGAAAGUACUCUGGUUGAACGGUGCUCGAAGGGGUGCUCAAGGUUUUGGCACAGCUCAAGAGCCAUGUUUUGGUGCGCUCAUCUACGAUCCUAAACAGCCUAGCGAAAGAAGGUGGAGUCAUGAAGGGACUUCCAACAUUCCCCGCCUAUAUCAUUCGGUUGCCCUUUUACUUUUAGAUGGCACCGUCAUGAUUGCUGGCUCAAACCCAGUGGAACAGCCUUUACUAGAGCCAGACUAUAGCAGCCCUGAGACCUCGUAUGUGACUGAAUUUCGAGUCGAGAUUUACACGCCGCCUUAUCUAUCAGGCGAAAACGCAUCGAGAAGACCUCAGGAUAUCAAAUUCUCGCAAACGAACCUUACUACUGAUGGCGAGUUUGUCAUUACCUUCACAAGUGCCACUAAUUCGACAGACCUGAAUAUUGCCCUCUAUCAUGGCGGUUUCGUCACACAUUCGCUACAUAUGGGCCAACGUCUAGUUUUUCUGGAGAAUGAAGGCUUUAGUCCGGGUCUUGAAGAGCAAGUCGUCAACGUCUCUAUGCCAGCAUCUUCGAGUAUUGCGCCUUCUGGUCCUUAUGUUAUCUAUGUUGUCUUAGACGGGGUGCCUGGACUGGGACAAUUUGUCUUGAUGAGCUGA